AUGGUCGACAUAAUUCCGGUUUCCUCAUACCCAUCCCACAUAUCACUCCUCCCGUCCAUCCAACAAUGCAACCUAACCAACCUGCCCGAGAAUUACUUCUUGAAAUAUUACAUGUACCACGCCUUGACAUGGCCACAACUAUCCUACGUCGCCGUCGUUCGAGGACCCGGCAGCAAACCUUCAGCAUAUCCCAAGGUGGUCGGAUAUGUGCUGGCAAAAAUGGAAGAAGAUCCUACGGAUGGAGUACAGCACGGACAUAUCACAAGUCUAUCGGUAAUGCGAACACAUCGAAGAUUAGGGAUUGCAGAGAAAAUGAUGAGGAUGAGUCAACGAGCCAUGGCUGAGGUGUUUAAUGCCCACUAUGUGAGUCUGCAUGUCCGAAUGUCUAACGUGGCUGCGUUGCAUUUAUAUCGAGACACGUUGGGAUUUGAGGUCGAGAAGGUCGAGAGCAAAUACUAUGCCGACGGGGAGGAUGCUUACGCGAUGAGAAUGGAUUUGAAGAACCUGCAACUUAGGAUUCCGGACGAGGAGGAUGCUCAAGAUGAAGGUGAUGGAGUUGGCUCGCUAGGGAAGAAAGGUGAGGAUGGCGUCACUGUCAAUGGUGAGGAUGGAAAGAAGGAAAAGAUGGUGAAGGUCAAGGUUGGUCGUGGUUUGGGAGUGGGAGAUUUGGUGGAAAGGAACGAGGGAUCAACGAAUGCACAGUACUGA